AGUUGGGAAACAGCUAAGCAGGUUGGACCAGCUGACCUGAUCCUGGCCGGUGGCCCGGUCCUCCAUCACAGCCACCCCGCCAUCCUGGCCAACCGGGACUAUGUUUCCCUUCAAGGUGAGAAAGUGGAUGGGACUUGCCUGCUUCCGCUCGCUGGUGGUCUCCUCCUCCAGCAUUCGCCAAAAGAAAUUAAUCCACAAGCUCCGGGAAGAAAAGGCCUUCCGCGAGGAGAUGAGACACUUCCGGGAGAAGAUCGAAGACUUCCGGAAAGAGAUGUGGGAUUUCCGGAGCAAGAUGAGUGCCUUCCGUGGUGAGAUCUUGGGCUUUUGGGAAGAGGAGAGGCUUUUCUGGGAAGAGGAGAAAACCUUCUGGAAAGAGGAAAAAGCCUUCUGGGAAAUGGAAAAAUCUUUUCGGGAAGAAGAAAAAGCCUUUUGGAAAAAGUACCGAAUCUUCUGGAAGAAAGACAGGGCCUUCUGGAAGGAGGACAACGCCUUGUGGGAAAGAGACCGGAACGUCCUUCAGGAGGACAAGGUCCUAUGGGAGGAAGAAAAGGCCCUGUGGGUGGAGGAGAGAGCCCUCCUGGAGGAGGAGAAGGUCCUCUGGGAGGAUAAGAAGUCCCUCUGGGAGGAGGAGAAUGCCCUCUGGGAGGAGGAGAAGGCCGCCUGGGUGGAAGGGGUUGUUCCGAUUGUGGAGCAGCUGGUGCUGGAAGGUGGGCACCGCCAAGUCAGCGGCAGACCACGGUCGCCAGCCUCCUCCCGGGGCAGGGCGUGAGCACAAGAGGCACUGGAUUGGGACUCGAGUGGGGUCAGGGUGACCCCCGCAUGCCUAAAAAAAAUAUGCUCUUAUUUGUCUCCUGGCUUCAAAAGAUCUAAUAAAGUCCAGAGGAG